AUGUCCGAAAUCAACGUCACUGCGGUUUUCUUUCCAAAGCCAGAGAAAUUUGAAGAAGUAGCUACUCUGGUAACCGAAGUCAUCAAACAGGUGCAAGAACACGAACCUGAUACACUGCUCUAUUACGCAUUUAAAAUCAAGGAAAAGAAUGAGAUUGUGAUUGUUGAGAGGGCGCGCCUCGGCACAAUCUACUUCACAUAUAUCCAUGGAUAUAUCUUUCCCACAAUUUUCAACAACACUCUGAUCAUCGCUACAAUAUAUAGGUAUAAGAACCAGGCAGCGAUCCAGACCCACGUCAAAUCAGCCUAUUUCCGAUCCUUCUCAGGAAAAUUACCCACUUUGUUGACGAAGCCGGCGGAGAUCAGGGCAGGUGGAUUCCUAGGUGGUUCGCGGGGGGUGUCGCGACUGUAG